AUGUCAGAAGGCAAUCUUCCUCCGUAUCAGUACUCUACAACCAACAACACCCGAGCUGCACUACAGAGCUCAAGCAGGAAGGAAAGCCGAAGAAGUCAGAAGCAAAAGAGAGGGAUUGAUCCAGUAGGCGGGGAUGAGCCACCCUUGAAGAAAACAAAGGGCAGGCGGAAGGACUUCGAAUCCCCUCUUGCAGCAGACGACCCCUUGCGCAACCGUGACAAGCCCUUGGACAAACCCACACGCUCCCAUACGUCGUCUCUCCGAAGCACACCAGCCAUAUCGAGGGCGCAGUCACAGGAGUCAGACUCCCAGUCGGGCCGCAGUGGUAUUCGCACGCCAGCAGAGCUUGAACCCGGCUCCUCUGGCCUCGGACGUUCGAAUGUGGUUCCACCUACACGCUUUGCCACUGCAAUCAAUGAACACACCGAUUUCAUGUCCGGGUUGGACAGUCAUCAGCUUGUAGAUGCAUAUGGUGUCCCACUUCCGGCGAUGCAGGCCUUGCUUGAUGAUGAGCUUGAAGAAGACGAGGCAGCACGCAAUUCGAAUGUCGAGAAACUUGCGGAGUUUGCUAAGGGACUGGCACCGGUGAUCUAUGCAAACUGCGUCCUUCGGCGCAAAGGGCCUCCCUCAACCCUCACCUGUUCCGAAUGCCGUACCCCAGACAGUGCUAGAUGGCGAUGCGAUAGCUGUCAGACACGUCGCGACCUGUGUGCAGCCUGUCUUCGAAAGACACACAUGGCCACGCCCUUUCAUCGUGUUCGUUACAACACCGGUACACAGUUUCGCGAGGCUACACUGCGAGACGUUGGAGUGUACAUCCAACUUUGUCCAGAGGCUACGGGUACAGACCAUUGCCCUGCAUAUAGCUCUUCGGAGCACGUGCUUCCCAGUGACAUUGACACACGCACUCCCCCGACUUACGGCACUGUACUUGAUGUUCCACCAGCACAUCGGGAGGCAGGACAUGGGCAGCAGGAACCAGGAUAUGGGCGAGGUCCGUCGGGGCUACGCCCAGCUGACCAGGGAGCUCCAGAUCCGCCGGGGAAUCGCCCGGAUCCGAUGGAGCCUGGAGCCAGUCAGGACGAAGAGCUGUGGCCAGACGAUCAGGCAGGUGGUGAGAUGGAUGAAGGCGAUGCUGAAGCAGAGCUGAAGGAUGCCGAGGACAUUGAGGAGGGCGCUUCGUUCGGAGAGAGUGGACAAACUCGGGUGCGGGGACGCGAGGCCAUCAUCAAGAAGGACUGCUGGGGCCACCAGGUCCUUGUAAUCGUGGACAAGACAGACAUACAUCAGCUAGGUGUCUCGUACUGCAAGUGUCGCGCAGGCCGUGAUCUUCCCCCGUAUCAGCAGCUGCUUCAGCUGGGCGGCCUCUUCCCUGCAACCGAAUCACGACCGCGGACAUGCUUCACUCUUGAAGGUCUCGCCUACCAUCAAGUCGACAGACUGGAGUGCAGGGUUGCACCACAGGCCAUGGUGCGAAAGCUGCGACGGCAUACCUCGCCACUGCACCCUUCAACAGUACCAAACCGCUAUCUCGAGGCGCUACGCGUCAUCCGAGAGUACACAGUCGUCGAUAAUCUUAUCGUGCAUGGAUUUGCACAUCAGCCUGUCGAUGACUGGAAGCCGCCGCCUCCUGGUGGUCUGUUCUAUCGCUGUGUCGUGUGCCCAUCCAAGAGGAACUUGCCUCGUGGUCAUAAGAACGAUCCCAAUUCAUGGGCCUUCUAUCAUACGUUCGCACACGAUGGCAACUUCAGCGGCCAGCACACGGUCUCGCUUCAGCCUGGGAACAAUAUCCCCCUCUUUCCUGGCACUGGCGCAUUUCAGCAUCCAGACGAAGCGAAAGCAGACCUGGCAGCAAUGAAGACUGAUAAGCAAGUGCGCAAGGAGGCUGAACAUCUGUUUGCGAAGGACAAACCUUGUAACAAGCAUCUCGCAGCCCAGGUCAGUGGCAAGACACGCGACAAGGUGACCGACAUCAAGGGCAUUGGUGCAUGGGCUUGUGCGCGGCACGGCGAGUUUGCUGCAGGAGGGACAUGCAAUUAUGAACUUGGUGAAGCGUCUGGGCCUGCCGAUGUCGCACUGAACAAUACAUUCAAGCUCAAUACAGACCCGGAGGUCGUCGAUCGGUUGCAACUUUUCUAUGAUAUUUGGUGCCGUUAUGGCGUCCAUCUACGCGAGAGGUUCAACCGAACUCCAAAUGUCAGCUGGCCUGAGUUUGCGGAGGUUCUAGGGAGCGUUGGAGUGUGGCACAUUUAUGGCCAUGUCUUUGAGUGCUAUGGGAGGUGGUCCAGUCUCUAUGCCCGCCAUUGUGGCAUUGUUGAUGGGGAGAUCCUCGAAACUCUCUGGUCGGUUCUUAAUCAGAUCCUUGAGACUUGCCGUGGGAUGUCUCUUGCGCAUCGAGAAGAGGUGAUCAGCAUGUUCGAGUCGGACAGCAAUCAUAGGAAGAACCUCAAUAUGGUCGAUACCAUUGCCAAGAAGUUCGAGAAGUACAUUGCCGAGGCAGCGCGUCGCGAAGCCAUUGUAGCUCAAUUGUCAGCUUGUACAUCGCCCGAGAAUGUCACCACCUGGGAAGCAGAACGACUAGCAUUCGAGCGCGACCGUAUCAAUGAUUCCUCCAUUGCGGACACAUUCUUUCAGCACGAGCUGGUCCAAGUAACAUCACGGAAGGAGACAGAAGUACAGCUCUUAGAACAAGAAGCAAGCCAACUGGAUGGAAAGGGCCUGGUAAAGGCAAUCAUCGAUGCCAUGAAUCUGCAAGUCGACCAGUUAAAGUUGCAAGCUUUAGACAAGCAGGCUACUUCGACAGGAGAUCGCCGAGCUGUUGCCACCUCACGUACUCGCAUAAAUCAACGCGUUAACAAGUGCAACGAAGCAAUGGCAGCGGCUUUGGGCUCUCGCCCUGGCCGGAAUGAGCUUCAGAAGGUCCGCUUACAGCCACUUAUGAAGGAGGAUGAAUGGGGUCCGCCGGAGGGGGAGAGGGAGACCCGACGGAGAUACAAUCUCCGAGAGGGGGCGGAGUUCCGUGCUGUGGACAUGCCAUCAUCCAGGUCAGAUGGAUGGCGAAAGGGACUGCAACUGGAGCAAGGAAGCCCCGAAAUGCUCACUCGGCGUCGCGCGAUGGAUAUCCAGGCCCAACUGUGCGUAGCCUUGAUGAACGAGUCACUUGGAGAGAUUCGCACGCGCAUAGUGGACCAAGCAAACACGUACCUCCAGCGCAUACGUUCGACACGAGGCCACGCAAAUGUCAACUAUCACGAGAGAAAUGUCGCACACGAGGAGGCUAGGAGACAAGGCAAGGCAGUGCGCAUACAUGCGCAGAUCUACAAUGCAUGUCGCGAGAAGUUGGCUAAGCUCGGAUGGGAGGGAGACGCAGUGUCUCAAGAGAAGAUAAUGUCGUGGCUUCUGCGAUAUCGUGUGCUCAGAUCGGAGGACUUGAUCUGCUCCACAGCAACAUACAGCACACGAGGCACAGUCCCCGACUUCAGCCUGCCCUGGUUUUGGCGCAUGGUGGCAGCCAAUCCGGACGAGCCAGUAGAAGUGACACGCAAAAAAGACGAGGAGUUCAUUGCAGCCUUCUUUCGUAUUCGAUGGAUCAAUGCUCGAUGCUCACUUGUGCGAUGCCAGGAGGAGCUGAUCAUUUUGCAUUUCGAGAUGCAGAUGUGUUACCUGGGUUACAAAAGCCUCGCAGACGACUGGAUUCAAAGGAAGCAGGUGAUGAGCGGACAGGUGGCGCACGAGUACAUGGCUGCCGAGAUGGCAUCGAACUGGACAGACAUGGCAAAUUAUGGGAGGGAGAGAUUCAACAUGUGUCACAAAGAUGUAAUUACAAGUUCGUUGUCGACGUAA